GAUACACGCCCCCUUGUCUACAGUCUACACAGUACACAACUAUAAAAUACAUACACACAGAUAUCAAACAAAAACUGAGAACUCGAAUUCACCAACACCCCUGAAAAAGUGUUAAACCUUGUUACAUUUAUUCUAGUUUCCAUUCAAAUUUACUCUUUAUUCUCAUUAUCUGACAUUCGCCCUUCUUCUAGUGAAUCUCAAGACAUGAUUAAACGGGUCUGUUUAUACUGUACUUUGAUUGUUUAAUGUAAUUUUUGAUGUAUUUGCUUUAGUCUUCUAACAAUUUGUUAUUUGUUUAUAUUUUUCCGCUUGGUGUUAUGUGCCCUUUUUAAUUUAACAAUAACAAAUUUAGUUUGGUAUGAUAAUAUUUCAUGAUGACAGUUGAAUUUGAUGAUUGUUUCUGGGGCGAAAAGAACAAUGGAUUCGAUGUGCUAUAUCAUAACAUGAAAUUUGGAUUAAAUGCAAGCAAAGAAUUUGGAGAAUUUCUUAGAGAAAGAUCUAAUAUAGAAGAAUACAAUUCAAAGCUUCUGAGUAAACUAGCAAAACAAGCAGGUAGCUGCUGUUCCCAAGGUACUUUUGCUCCACUAUGGCAGGUCGUCAAAGCAUCAGCAGAAAAACUCUCUACAUUGCAUGCACAGACAAUGCAAAAACUAACAGAACUAGUCAAAGAAGUUGGAAAAUAUGCAGAGGAAUUACAUAAAAAACAUAAAUCGGUCAAAGAAGAAGAAUCAGGCACUCUAGAUGUAGUACAGGCUAUGCAAAAUAUCACUCUCAACGUUCAAAAAUCUAAGGAGGUCUAUAACCAAAGAUUUUUAGAAUAUGAACGGUUAAAAAAAGAUAACGCAUCUCCAAAGGAUUUAGAAAAAUUUGAACAAAAACUAAAACGUGCCCAUGAAGAAUAUAAAAGCUUUGUUGAAAAAUACUGCUAUGUCAAAGAGGAAUUCGAAAAAAAAAUGUCGACGAGUGCCAAAAACUUUCAAGUAUUGGAAUUACGGCACUUGAUGCAUAUGAAGGAGUUUUUAACUUCUUUUUCCGAUGUAGUGGAGUGGUCUCAUGGUGAAAUGGGAAAGGUUCAUACAGAAUUUAGACAGCAAUGCUCGGAAUUGACGAUUGAUCAGCUGUUGGAGCAGUUUGUCAAGUACAAAUCGACAGGAUUAGAACGACCAGGCAUGUUAGAUUUGGAAGAUCCAAUUCUAUCCCCAACAACUGAAACCGAACCUAAUACAAAACCAUCUAAGAGAGAAGGUAAUGGCCCUAGCAAUCAGACAGUGCCAACACAUGCCAACAAACCUUCCCGCCGAACAACUUCCUUAUUAAAUCUCUUCAUGUCUAAUUCGCAGGGUUCUCGGGAAAGUCGUCCCGGGCCUUGCAGUGCCCCAUCCAGCCCUACCACUCCGGAAGGGGAGCAACAAUUGACACGUCAUUCUCAACGCGGAUCGAAAUGGUUCUUGCGCAGCCGACGAGAUAAAGGCAAAAAGAAAAAAUCUACUAAGAAACAGGCAUCUACUAAAGACAGUAUGGAUAAUCAAAGUAAUAAGGAAGAAAAAUCUGAUUUGGAGGAAAAAGAUGAUUCUCAAAAAAGCGAUAAUGCAGUCUUGCCACCAUCAAAUCCCCUGCCAAACCAAGAACUUGAUGAUGAUGGAUAUGUCAUAAGACCUGCAUUACAAAAUAAUUGGAAUGAUAAAACCAACUUUUAUUCGUCUUCGGAUUCUGACUCUGAUGACGAACCAGAGGUGAAACUUCAUGUAGAAAUAAAGCCUCUUAAUAAUGGAUCAACACCAAUGUCAGCUUCAGUAGAUGAACUUCGAGCCACUGUGGAAAACAUAUAUCUAUCUCCAACUGGUGGUUUUGGACGUCGAGGUUCAAACUUGGAUUGUGAUAUGACCAUGAAAAGAUCACAAUCCGUUUCUCAGCAAAUCGGAAAACCAAGCAGUGAUCUAUUAGGCCUUAAUUUUGUACAGAGUCCCACCGCUUCCAAUGCUUCAACACCCACAAGUUCACAUCCUUAUGCGCCUUUACAGAGCCCAUCGCAGUUACCUUUAAAUUCUCCCACACUAAGUGUUGGAUCGAAAUAUGCAGAACUAGGUGAUUUAUUUUCUGAAGACAAUGAACCACAACCGGCAUUAAAACAACCAACUAGACAAACUCCAACUCCAACUUCUGGAUAUAUGUCAAUACCUCGUCCUCCAUCAAGACGAUCAGAGGCUAACAAAAGCCUUAUGCAUCAAAGUGGAAGUAGUAUUUCUCGUGCAGACAGUAUUACCAGUUUGGAAUUCCGGACGGCCUGCGUACCUGUAGGAGUGUCCCGAGGUCCAUCUCCAUUGACUAUUGGAAUGGCGGAUACCAUUCCGUUGGCGGUGGCUUUUCAUGAAAUUGUUCAUUCAUAUUUCAGAGGUGCUGAAGAAUCAAGGUGCCAAGUAAAAAUGUCUGGUGAAAUGAUGUUGUCAUUUCCGGCGGGCAUAGUGGCAAUACUCGCCAGUAAUCCAAACCCCGCAAAACUAGUUUUUACAGUUAAAAAUACUUCACAGAUCUGGCUAGCUUUUCCCAACAAGAAGUUGAUAUCAUUUGAUAAAGAGCAUUCGUCUGCUGAUCAUAUAUCAAUAGAGUUUAAUAUGAGUGCUUUAAGCUUGCUGUUGAAGAAACAAUCGGAACAAAAUCCAAAUGCUUCUUAUUUUAAUGUAGAUAUAUUAAAGUACCAAAUAAAAUCAAAGCCUGGCGCAAAUUCAUGCCCACUUCAAUUAGUGGCUUAUUGGAAAUGUACAAAUUCCCAUACAGAUUUGAAAAUUGAUUAUAAAUAUAAUUCACAUGCUAUGAGCUCUCCUACGCCAUUGCUCAAUAUGUCGGUAUCAGUUCCAAUAGACGGUACUGUAAGAUCCAUGCUAACAAAACCUCAAGCCCAAUGGCCCGCUGAUAAUAAUAGAAUUCUCUGGAAGUUCACUGAAUUAUCACAGCACUCAGAAAACAGUGGUGUUGGUUCUAUGAAAGCUCGUUUUGAUCUAGAACAUGGAGCAGGAACCCCCACGACAAUAAGCGCACAGUUCAACUGUGAAGGAACUACAUUGUCUGGAAUAGAUUUCCAACUUGUUGGAAUGGGUUACAGAGUGUCUCUAGUCAAACGUCGCUUUGUAUCUGGAAAAUACAUAUGUGAUGGUGACCGUAUCGAUUCUGGAUCAGCUACUCCAAAUAUAGCCUAUGGAGAGCCUAACUGCUAGCAUUCCUUGUUAUUAUUAAUAAUUAGAUAACUUAAGUGCAAAUCUUUAAAAAUGUACUUACUGUCAUCUUUUGUCUUUUAGCAUAUCGCGUGACAAAUGAAUGUAUCAGUAAGGGCAUUUUCACUAAAUGAUUUCAACUUUCUAAUAUGUUUACUAGUAUAAUAUUACGAAAAACUUCAUUAUUUUUACUUUGUUUACCGAGUCUAGAGUUGAUUCAGAUUCGCAUGUUUACUCAUAUACACAAAUAUCAAGAUAAUUAUUACAUAUUUAUAUUUUCUUUAUUUCUUUGGAAGUUUAGUUUGAUUUAAUCUUUUUUCGCUCUACUUGUUUAUUAAUCAGAAGAGCUAUGUAUUAUUAUUAUUUUCUAAGAAAUCUGUUCUUUUUUUUUUUGUUUACGAGUUCAGGGUUAUCAAAUUAUAUAGUUUAUGAGCUAUUUUAUAAAUAAAAUUAGUAA